GCAGAAAACAGCAGCAUCAGCCCUGCAGAAUGCAGAGGAACUGGUUUGUUCUCGAUUCCUGUCAGCGCUCCGCGAGCGGGGAAACAUCAAGGAAAUAAAGUCAAGUGUCUCGUGGUCAAUCUUUCCAUCAGAUACAGAGAAGGUGGAUCUUUGAACGAUUCUUGAUGAGUGCAUAGUCAGACUCAGACAGGUGUAAAGGCUGACCUCAGGAGGAUCUAGGGAGGGAAACCAGCUAACCGGACUGAGACAUGGGCAACUCCUCCCUGAAAAAAAUCUUAUUUUGGAAAAAGAAAAAGAAGUCGCCUCUUAGCAAUGCCUUCAGAGAACUGAAGAGGGCGCUGCCAAAGAAGAAGAAGAAAAGCAAAAAGAAAAGCAUUCUGAAACAACUUCACCAGGAGAAGUUGAAGAAGGACAAGAAAUCCAAGAAGAAGUUUGCCUUGAUACCUCUGACCCGAGACAAGAAGGCGCCCAAGUCGACGAAGAUCCUCUCGCUCAGCAAAGAGAGGAAGAAGUCUGACCCAAACACUUCAGAAGGACAGAAGGAGAAGGACAGAGAGGGGCUCGCUCGAGUGGGAGACAAGAUCAAAAAGACGUUCUCUCCGGAAAGCAAAAAGGAGCCCAGCCCCGAGCCUGAGGCUGCUCCUCUGAAAGAAACGCAUGAAGGCAAAAUAUCCCUGCAGAAGCUGAAGGACAUCAUGAAACCCAGACGCCAGUCAGAAAUCAACGCCAACUGAAGAAAAAAAAAAAACUGGAAUUUGAAGAAAAGAGACAAACAUGUAUUUAAAGCUUUUAAUGACAGAUUUAUAUCGUCACUAAUGAAACAAAGGCGAUGAGAGCUAUGGUAAAAAGUAGAACAUUUGUGAUGUAUUAGCUUGUAAAUGUCAGUUUCACUUCAUAUUAAAUGUACUUAACCAUUCAUUUGCUUUAUUUCUAGUCCUGGUUGCUGCACAGCUUGAUACUAAAAAUAAAAUAAAGUAAAAGGAACAUCAAUUUGAUUUUGAAUGAAGCUUCUGGGAUAUUGGCACAAAACAGAUCAUCUCAAAUUAUCCCUUAAAAAAAGUUUUAAGUACAGAGACAUAUUGGGCAACAAAAACUUUCAGCGGUAAUUGUUAGAAAAAGAAAAACACACAGAGGCCUUCACGAGCCAGCCUGAUGUAUAAAAACAGUUUUUAAAACUCAAACACUGCAACAGUAUCCACAGGCGUUGAACUUUUCCCACAUAAAACCCA